ACAAUGGAGCCUCCUGAGAGUGUUACACUGACAAACCACAGAACCAUCAACAUCACUGUCAUCCGGGGGAACAACCUGCAAGGGAAGAAGCCAGACAGCCUGCAGAGCUUUGUGCAGGCUGAAGCUGAUGGGACUGUGCUGGGAGAGUCUGAGAAGAAGCAGGUGGACCUCAAGGAGAAGCAGGUGGACUAUGACUUCACCUGCAGCCUCCACUGCCCCAGUAACACCCAGGGCCUGAGUGACAUCACCCACAAACCCAUCAUAUUGACGGUGAGAGAGUUCCUGCCCGAGGAGAAGAAAGCUGAGGCGAAGACACCGGUGCUGGGCCAAGCUGUGGUCGACCUGCUGCCGCUGCUACAAGGUCAGUGCAGCUUCUCGGCCACAGUCCCGCUGAAUCCAGUGGCCAGCUCCUCAGCCAAAGAUUUCCAGGACUUUACCAGCAGCACGAAUGUGGAGACAGCAGUUAGAGCCAGACAGAAGCAGUUGGCCAGUUUGACCCCCCUCUCGCAGCCGACCCUGGAUGUGUGUGUCAGUGUGUCGGAUCCAGUGCUGUCCGAGGCUGAACUCUCAGCCUCCAACCUGCUGAAGGUUGCCGUGGAGACAGUGUACUCCAUCCCUGAGCCGUGGAUGUUGCCGUCCGGCCCUCCCACCACUCCUUUCACAUACGCUGCUGCCCUGGAGGUCCCGCUUACUGCACAGAAAGAUCAGGCGCUGUUGUUCAGUGAGGGGCAUCUGAAGGCCGGCGGGCAGAGGGAGCAAAAUGGCCGACAGAGGAAGAGGCCCCAUCCGGCCCAGCUGGUCCCGGGGAACCACUUCCUGCCCGCUGCCUUCUUCAAGGCCGAGCCCGUGGAGCAGGAGGACGGCGAGCUGACUGGCUUAGAGGACCGGCAGUUUCGCAAAGAGGCAGAGACCUUGAAGACCAGGGUGAGCUGGGACACAGAGAUGUGCUGCUUCCUCGAUGCUGGAGGAACUACCAGGCUGCGGCAGAAGAUCACAGAGUGCAGACUGUGGCCGGUGGAGAUAAUGAGGUCGACAAAGGCUGCAGAAACAAAGAUGCUAGCUGAGGAGAACCCAGAGAUCCCCUUCCAUGGUGUGGCGUUUGUGGACAUGGGGCGGCUGCUGUAUCCCGGAGUCCGCCGCAUCCGAGGAGCGUACAGCAUUCAGCCCUUCUCCGAGGCCGAGUUGCUGAAAAAGGCCAAGCGGAGCGUCAGUGUGUUAAAGGAGCAGGCCAAAGCAGCAGCCAUCCAGGUCAAAACCCGCGCUGGCUCCGCCUCAGGCUCGUACAAGGCGAGGGCAGGGAAGAAGGAGUCCAAGGAGCCGGCCAAGAAGCAGCCUGCUAAUCAGAGCAGAGUGAACGCAGCAGACGUGGUUUCCGAAUCGGGGGCCGAAGCUGAGCAGCACGCCAAUAUAGAAGGAAAUAUGUAUGUGGAGGCCAGAACUUAUGUAAUCAUUGAGAUAGCCUUGGAGAAACCUCUGGUACCCAAAACAUCUCCAGAGGAGCUGUCCAGAAGGGUGAAGGCGUUGAUCCCACCCAGACCUCCACUUCCAGCAGGUCCAAACAGAGCAGAAAGAGCGGUGCUGGACUUCCACAGACAGGUUGGCAACGUGGUGACCCAUGUUUCAGACCAGUACGGGGAAUUGUUCAAGGCCAACGGCAAUCCAUCAGAAAACUGCAGCCGGGAGCAAAUGAAGGUUCAGCUGAUGGGAUCGCUCAAUGUCUCCGCCAGAUAUUUCACCUUCAAGGAGCAGAUGAAGCAUGCAGUGGUGAGGAUCGUACGUGACAAGAUGCAGCAGACGGAGCCGUUCACUGACCCUCAGGAGCUCAAAGUUUUUGUCAGCAAGCUCUAUGUCUACCUGGUGGACGAGAUGCACAUAGCUCUCAACAAGAUUUAUUCCCAUGACGUCGUUGAUGACUCCCCGGAUGAGAUCCAGUUGAGUUCCUCUCAGCUCAGACAUUUUGCCAGAGAGGCUCAGAUUACUGGGGAUUAUCAGCAGGCUGUGCAUUACUACCAAGAGCUGGUGGUGAUGUACCCGACUGAGCCCUCCCACAAGUUUGAUUGGGGAAGCCUUUACAUGCUGACCGGAGACUACAUGAAGGCCAAAGAGUGUUUCCAUGACGCCGUGUCCGUCCAGCAGGCACACCAGCCCAGCCUGAUGAUGUGCGGCGUCCUGGCAGUGAUGUUUGAGCGUCACAAUGAGGCCCAGACCUUCCUGGAGAGAGCCACCAGCGUAGACCCGCCCAGUGUGGUGGCCUGGACGCUGCUGGGUUUGCUCCAUGAGAUCCAAAACGAAUCCAUCCUGGCUGAGAGCGCCUUUCUGGAGGCCAGAAGGCAGCUGAGGGUGAAAGAAGGGAAGAAGCAAACACAGAGGGAGGAGGAGACGAAGGACAGGGAGAAACAUGAGGAGGAGGAGAAACACCAGCCAGAGGAGGAGGAGAAAGACACGGCUGCAUGUCAGUCUCCCACCGAUAAGAAAGAACCAGAGUGCGGAGACAAGGACCAGAACCAGAACCAGAACCGGGACUCAGAGGUGCAAGGAGAGCCUCCAGUACAGAAUGUCAGCUCCAAAUCAGCUCCAGCUAAAGUCUCCUGCACCAUUUACACAGAGACAGUUCAGUUCCUGCUGCAGAACUGUGCUCUGCAGAUGGGGGAGCGAGCUCUGUCCCUGGAGCUGCUGUCAGACGGCGGUCGCAGUGUCACCUACCUGCUUCUUCUGGCCCAGUUGCAGCUGCUCAGAGGUGACUACUGCGGUGCCGCCACCAUCCUCAAGGAGGCGCUGUUUCACAGAGACAAGGACGCUGAUGCGUGGGCGCUGAACGGUCACUGUCACUUCCUGCGGAGGGCGUUCACUGAUGCCCAGGAGAGCUACGAGAGGAGCCUGAACUUCCUGAAGCCGCCGUCGGACUCCCACCUUGUCCUCCUCCGCCUGGGAUCCAUCUACCUCCAGCAGGAGAAGUUAGAACAAGCCAAAGGUGUCUACCUGCAGGCUUGUGAGGCGUCUCCGUCCUGCCUGACCUGGCUGGGCCUGGGCACCGCCUGUUACCGACUGGAGGAGCUGUGUGUCGCUGAGGAGGCUCUGACUGAAGCCAACCACCUGAACAGCCAGAACGCAGAGGUGUGGGCUUACCUGUCUCUGCUCUGCCUCAGGUCGGGCAGACAAGAGGAAGCAGAGCAGUUUCAUAAAUAUGCAACAAAGUUCAACCUGCAGAAGGAGUCGCUCCUCAAAGAGUUCAGAGAGCUGAAGGGUCAGCUCCGCUUCUCUCGGCUGGAGUCCUUCUUUGGAACAAGCUCAUAAAUCAUCACGUACACCAAGUACAUUUCAUACAAAUACACACACGUUUCAAAAUACAUUUUUAUUGUAAUUUAAGCAUUUAACACUUCAUGUGAAAAUGAAAACACAGCUGUUUUGCAAACAGUGGAGAUCAGCAACUGUCCAAACUGUAAUAAAGUCCAAACCCUGUUCAAAAGCCACAUUACGAAACAAACUAAAAGCAACACAAACAUUCUCAAACUUAUAGAAAACAACUGCAAUAUAGUAUUUUAAAAAAUGUACAGCAUUAACAAAAGAAAAAAAAAAGGGCAUUUGGUGACAGGAAUCACAGAA